AAUUUUGGCUGCACUGUGUCGAUAGGUGGUCAGACGUCAGCGGUGGAGUUGACACAAGUGGUCAAUCACAGACGAUUAGCACCAUGGCGGAUAAUGAAGCAUUGUUGGCACAAUUUAUGGCCAUAACUGGUGUUGAUACGGAGCGAGCAACUUUCUUUUUGGAAGCGGCUGGCUGGAACCUCGACGUGGCCAUGGGCAACUUCUAUGACAAUGAUGGAGAUGAAGCACAAGACCAGGAAGCAGGUGAGGUGGUUGGAGCUGCAGCAGGAGCAGAACCAGCAGUUGAAGAGGUUCAGUCUGGCCCAGCUCAGAACAGAGCUCAGAGACAGCCUGGGAUUCGGACGAUCCAGGGUCUGAUGGACGCGCACUCGGACGAGUCGGACGAGGACGGCCAGGCGUUCUUCGCAGGCGGCUCGGAGACGAGCGGCCAGCAGAUCCUCGGGCCGCGCAGAGGCAAGAGGGGCGAGGACAUCGUCAAGGAAAUGUUCAGGGCCGCCAAAGGCCAGGGCGCCGAGGAGGUGGAGCCGACCAGCGAGCCGGGCCGGCCGCAGCCGUCCACGUUCGGCGGCUCCGGGUACCGGCUGGGCCAGACCGGCAGCGACUCGGAGAAGGUGCCGGCGGCGCCCGAUCGGCGGCCGCCGCAGCCGCGCACCGUCAAACUGCGGCUCUGGAAGGCCGGCUUCAGCGUCGACGACGGAGAGCUGCGCGAGUACUCGGAUCCGGAUAACCAGGAGUUCCUGAACUCUGUCCGCGGCGGUCAGGUGCCGCUGGAACUGAUCCGGGAGGCGCAGGGUGGCGAGGUGCACCUGGACAUGGAGGACCACACCGCCCGGGAGAGCCCGCGGCCGCGGCCGCCGCCGCCGAAGGCGGCGGCGCGCGCCGCGCUCGGCCUGGACGAGGCCCAGCCGACCACCAGCGUGCAGGUGCGACUGGCCGACGGCUCCCGGCUCAUCAUCAAGCUCAACCUGUCGCACACCAUCGGCGACCUGCGGCGCUACAUCGUCACGUAUCCUUUGAGGAGGCGGGCGUGGGGCACGCUACGCAGUUUUUCGUUUUUCGCCUACGCUUUUCGUUGCGUGAUGCACUGUUUACCAGUUAUGCUUACGGAAGGCACGCCCUUCAGCCUGCUGACCACCUUCCCGAGCAAGGAGCUGACCGACGACAGCCUCAGCGUCCAGGACGGCCAGCUGCAGAACGCCGCCAUCCUGCAGCGCGCGCUGUGAUCAACCC